AUAAACUACAAAACUAACAUUUUCACCAACCCCACCGUUUUGUUUACUCCGAUUGUGUUCUCUAUAUGAACUCCUCCGACACAACUCAAGUCUCCUUCAGGCCAAAGCCUAAAAUAUUCACACAGAAAGAAAACUCUUUUCCCUUUUUUUUUUUUUAAUAUAAUCUCUAAAGCUUCAAACAAAAACAAAAGCUCAUUUUUAUUACAAUGGCGCCACAACAAGAAGUGAUGGAGAAGAAACAGAGCAACAACGGUGACGUCAUAUUCCGAUCAAAGCUACCUGAUAUUUACAUCCCAAACCACCUCUCUCUCCACGACUACAUCUUCCAGAACCUCUCCCAGUUCGCCUCCAAGCCUUGCCUCAUCAACGGACCGACCGGCCACGUCUACACUUACUCCGACGUCCACGUCAUCUCCCGCCAGAUAGCCGCCGGUUUUCACAAACUCGGCGUUAACCAAAACGACGUCGUCAUGAUCCUCCUCCCUAACUGCCCCGAGUUCGUCCUCUCUUUCCUCGCCGCUUCUUUCCGCGGCGCGACCGCCACCGCCGCCAACCCUUUCUUCACCCCGGCGGAGAUCGCCAAACAGGCCAAAGCCUCCAACACCAAACUCAUCGUCACCGAGUCUCGCUACGUCGACAAAGUCAAACCCCUCAAAAACGACGACGGUGUCGUCAUCGUCUGCAUCGACGACAACGAAUCCGUCCCGAUCCCCGAAGGCUGCCUCCGGUUCACCGAGUUGACUCAGGAGACGACCGAGUCAACAGACGUCAACGACUCGGUGAAGAUUUCUCCGGACGACGUGGUGGCGCUUCCAUACUCCUCCGGCACGACGGGGCUACCCAAAGGAGUGAUGCUGACUCACAAGGGACUGGUGACGAGCGUUGCCCAGCAAGUCGACGGCGAGAACCCGAAUCUUUAUUUCCACAGCGACGACGUCAUACUCUGUGUUUUGCCCAUGUUUCAUAUCUACGCUCUGAACUCGAUCAUGUUGUGUGGGCUUAGGGUUGGUGCGGCGAUUCUGAUAAUGCCCAAGUUUGAGAUUCAUCUGCUUUUGGAGCUGAUUCAGAGGUGUAAAGUCACGGUGGCUCCGAUGGUUCCGCCUAUUGUGUUGGCGAUUGCGAAGUCGCCUGAGACGGAGAAGUAUGAUCUGAGUUCGAUAAGAGUGGUGAAAUCGGGCGCUGCACCGCUUGGUAAAGAGCUUGAAGAUGCCGUUAGUGCCAAGUUUCCUAACGCCAAGCUCGGUCAGGGAUACGGAAUGACAGAAGCAGAUGAUAUACUACAAAAUUAUGAUAAAUGA